AUGACUGAAGUAUCAUCAAAUACCAAACAAUCAACUUCUUCUACAGCUGCAACUGCCACUGCACCAUCGUCGUUACUAUCACCGGCUGAAAUAACAGUCACCCCUCCAACUCAACAGCAACAACAGCAACAACAGUUGGAAGAAAAUGCGCCAUCAUCGUCAACGGCAAACACAAACACGAGCACCGCUGUAAAUGGAUCACUUGCCAAUACCACAUCGUCAAUUUCAUCAACUAUAGCUCAAAAUAACAACAACUAUCUUAAUACAUCUCCUAAAGGGUCGUCCACAUCAGCAGCGGGUACUUCUUCUUCAUCAGGACACGUGUCGAGGGGGAGACCAAGUACUUCAAGAAGGGGAAGCGCUAUACCACCCAAUGGGUCUUCUGCAACAACAGCAGCAUCCACAGCAACAGGAGUCGCACAUACCGCCAGUACAUCGCCAUCUCGUCUCAGAAGCAACAGUUACAAUAAUCCCGAUUUAACUCCAACUCCCUCGCAUCAUCAACCAGCACAAACUGUGACUAGACAACGCAGAUCAUCGUCAUUGAUUCAACAUUUGGAACCAGAUACAUUAGACACCAAGAUUGAUCAAACCUUAAACCCCAAUGUCAAUGCCAACUGGGUUCAUCAAAAGGGUGCAUGGAUAAUCCACAUUGUGAUUAUUGUCUUGCUCAAGAUUUUCUACAAUUUUAUUAGUGUUUUGGAUAACGAUUGGAAAUGGACAAUGACGAAUUUAACUUACACCAUUGGCUCCUAUAUCAUGUUUCAUCAAGUUAAAGGAACACCAUUUGAGUUUAACUCUGGUGCUUAUGAUAAUUUAACCAUGUGGGAACAAAUUGAUAAUGGUGAUCAAUACACCCCAACAAAGAAGUUUUUAAUGUUGGUUCCCAUAUGUUUGUUUUUGAUUAGUACUCAUUAUUCUCAUUAUAACUUGAACUUGUUUAUUUUGAAUGGUGUUAGUUGUCUUUGUGUGGUUGUACCUAAAUUGGCAUUUGCUCAUAGGUUGAGAGUUACGUUGUAUUGA